UUAAAAACUUAAAAAACCUUCUAAAUAUUUAGAAGUAUGGAAACUUUUUCUGCUGGUAAACAAAUAGAAGAAUUAACAAGAACCCUUGCAAAACUUACACAAGAACUACAAAAUCAAAUUAAACAAAAUCAUGAUAUUUUAAUAUUUCAAGCAACUUGGGUUGGUCUUUUAAAUUCGGCUUUGGACGUUAAUGAUACAAAUAUGCACAAUUUUAAAGAUCUUACAACCAAGACCAAAUCAAAAGCUCUUCUGCGAUAUUCAACUAUUGAGGAACAAUCAAAAAUUCUGGAAAGGGUUUGUUUAACCGCCCACAAAAUGCGUUUAUGCAGUCAAUUAAUAAAAUUAGUAAAAAAGUUGAAGAACAAUAGAGAUAAUGUUUCACAAAUAGGACUACAAGCUCAAAUAGACACUCUUCUUCAAGACAAAGACAUAAAAAAAUUCAAAUUCUUACAAAAUGAGAUUAAUGUUGUAAAAAAUGAAAAAGGUGUGAGAAUGUAAUAAUACAGCAAUAGUUAAAAAUAUUCGAUAGUAAUUACGUUAUAGAAUCCUAUGAAAUUUCUAUACAUUAAUUUAAUAUACAGUACUAUGGCAUUACUAUACAUCUUAGCUUUCCCAAUAAAAAAUAUCAAUUAUGUAAUGAGAUAUGAAUGACUCUU